CUGUAGCAGAAAAUAAAAAGGGAGAAGAAGAAUUCCGGAAGUGUUGAGGAUGUAAACAUUCCAGUAAUGGACCGCUUGAGAACAGAGACACCGCGAGCAGGAGAGGGUUGUGAGUUCUCACCUGUCUGCGGGCACCAUGCCGUAUCUAGGCGGAGAGGAGACCGUGAGGGAGCUGAAGAGGGCUCUGUCCAACCCCAAUGUCCAGUCUGAGCCGCUGCGGUACCGGAACACCGUCCUCAGAGUCGUCAGAGCGAUGUCUCAGGGUGUGAAUGUGUCAGGCCUCUUCAGUGAGAUGGUGAAGGCGUGUGCCACUGUAGAUGUGGUCCAGAAGAAGCUUGUCUACAUGUUCCUGUGCUCCUACGCCUCUUUAAACCCAGAGCUUUCUUUGCUGGUGAUCAACACUCUGAGGAAGGACUGUCAGGACCCCAACCCCAUGGUCCGCAGCCUGGCCUUGAGGAAUAUGUCCAACCUCAGGUUGCCCAGCCUGGUGGAGUACGUGGAGCAGCCUCUGACGGCAGGACUGAGAGACAGAGCAGCCUGUGUGCGGCGGGUGGCUGUGCUGGGGUGGGCUAAACUGUACAACCUGCAGCCCGGCUCUGACAUCGAUGCUGCUGUGGUGAACGAGCUCUACAGCCUCCUGAGGGACCCGGACCCCGUGGUGAUGGUGAACUGCCUUCGAGCUCUGGAUGAGAUCCUAAAGGAGGAAGGGGGGGUCGUCAUCAACAAGCCCAUCACACAUCACCUCCUCAACAGAAUGAAGGAGUGUGACGUCUGGGGUCAGUGUGAGGUUCUGAGGGUCCUCCAGCGCUACCGGCCUCAGUCAGACGACGAGCUCUUCGACAUCCUGUCCCUGCUGGACGCCUCCCUGGUCAGCUCCCACCCUCCGGUCAUGGCCGCCACCCUCAGCCUCUUCCUGAGCCUCUGCGCCGACCUCCCCGCUGUGAGCCUGGCGGCCGUGGAGCGAGUGUCCGGACCCCUGCUGGCCGCCUGUGGGAGCGGCUCCAGGGAGAUGAGGUUCACGGCCCUCUGCCACAUACAGUUGCUGAUGCGUUCUGUUCCCGGCCUGAUGGGGCCACAUUUUAAACGCUUCUUCUGCGGCUACGCCGAACCGGCCUACAUCAAACAAAGAAAGAUGCAGAUAAUGGUGGAACUGGUGAAUGAUGAGAACGUUUCCAUGUUACUGGACGAACUGAAGGGAUAUUGCACUGAUGUCAACACCGACACGGCCCAGGCUGCCAUCACAGCUAUAGGUCGUAUUGGACGAAGCUACAGCGACAGAUGUCUGGAGAUCCUCACUGGGCUGCUCGGCCUCAAACAGGAUCACAUCACCUCAGCGGUGGUGCAGACAAUGCGAGACCUGGUGUGGGUGUGUCCUCAGAGUAGUGACACCGUUUGCAGCGCUCUGGAGGGCUGUGAGGAAACGCUGCAGGACAGUCAGGGCAGGCAGGCCUUGUUGUGGCUUCUGGGCGUUUACGGUGAAGGGGUUUCCAGCGCCCCCUACACUCUAGAAGUGUUCAUUGACGGAGUGAAGAGUGAAGUCUCUUCGGGAGUAAAGAUGGAGCUCCUGACGGCCACCGUGAGGCUGUUUCUGACCCGGCCUGCAGAGACCCAAGACAUGCUGGGCAGACUGCUGCACUAUUGCAUAGAGGAGGAGACGGACAUGUGUGUGCGGGACCUGGCUCUUCUCUACUACCACCUGCUGAAAUGCGGGAUAGAGGAAACACGGAAUGUUCUCCAGGGCAGGAGGUCGGACCCUUCUUUGGGCGUCUUGAUCGGUCGCCCCGCGGACCCCAUCAGCCAGUGGGCGUGUAGCUUCAACACCCUGGAGCCGCUGAAGAAGGGUGCCACCGAGACGCUAACAGCCAGCAGGGGGAGCCCUGAGCACGAAGCCCCAAAACCCAAGACAGUCGUGGAGCUUUCUGAGACUCUGGACUGCAGCCACGUCCACUCAGAUCCUCCUGGUUCAUUGAGUGCAGAUCAGCACUCUGACUCGACGGCAGACCUUCCUACGACCCCGCUCACUUUGUCGCUGUCUCCGACCAUCAGCCCGGAGGAGUUCGAGCGCCUGUGGCUGCAGUGCCACAGCCUGCUGUCAGAACAAGAUGCUGAAGAGAGCAACGACUUCCUUCAGACAGAAGAGCGGAUCCGCUGCUCCGCCGUGCUUCAACGUUCUCCACAAAUCCUCCAGGCUGCCAUGCAGCUGGUCAACAUCCAGACUCUGGCCUUCACGCCGCCGUGCACGCUUCCUUGGAGGGUCUUCUUUUACACGCACACUGCUGGGACACCGGCCAGCUCACUCAUACUGGGGGAGCUGCUGUACGCCGGAGAGGCAGAUCUUCAACCGGCAGCACAGAAGGAUGAUGAAGAGGCGGAGAGAAAGGUGGAUGAGGAUGCAGCAGCUGGGGAGCUUAAAGGGAGAGAAGACGGACAAGUGGAGGUGAAAGUGACUCUGAAGCAGCAGCCAAAGGAUGAGAAAGCUGUGAGAGCAUUCCUGUCCGUUCUGAGCACUGUACUGCACACUCUGUCCUCAGAAAAGGCCUGAAGGCACGACAAGCAUGCAGCCUCACACAACUCAUGACUCAUGUAAGGUUUGAUCCCACAAUCAAAGCCAACCUGUAACAGAUCAGCCUAAAGCCUUAAAAAAACAAACUGUGAAAUGUUCUUAUUUAUUGCAGUUGAACCAAUGGAAAUCAUUGGAUGAUUAAAGACUAAACGAUGACUAAA